CCCCCCGCGACUUUCUUUGGUGAAAAGAGCUGGAGCUGGAGCUGGAGCUGGAUGGGUCUGGUCCCCCAAUAAUUGAGAGCUAGAGCUACUAAAUGACGGAACAAGUUUCGGGACCGCAGGGCAGGGGGAGUGAUAUAUAGACUGGCCCUGCCCUGCCUCCUCUUGUCAGCUUCUCAGGAUCAGCGAGAAAGUAUCUGUACGGAUAUCUGUAUCUGUAUCUGCAUCUGUAUCUGUCGUGUACUCCUCUUGUGCGACUGUAACUGUUCAUUCAGUGGUUCGCUACGCCCGCCCAGCUUAUCGUCACACAACCCUCGACUAAGCUUAUCUCAACUGCAACUGCUGCACAGCACAGCACCGCACAGCACCGCACCGCUACCCACAAGAAGAAGGUCGUUCGCCUCUUUCCUUGGCUGCAGCUCACUCUACUACUACUAUUUUCAUCGCAAAGGAGUCACUUGCGCGACAUUUAAUCUUCCUAUUCUUUGCGACUGUCGAAUAUCAACAGUCACAUCAGCAAUAUGGCGUUCGAUCAGGAUUACGAGAAAGGUAUCAAUCAGACACCUCCAUCCGAUAGCCCUGUUGAUGGGAGGUCGGAGGUCAUGCAUGAUGAGAGUGCACACACCGCCGCGGAGAGGGGACAUGUUGCGACAGACAGACAUGGAGUUUCUUUGAUUACAUUCGAUCCCCAAGCCGAAGCUAAGCUUCGCAUGAAAAUCGAUUUGUACAUCGUUCCAACAGUUGCUCUGCUCUACCUCUUUUGCUUCAUCGACAGAGCCAAUAUCGGUAAUGCCAAACUUGCCGGUCUUGAAAAGGAACUCGGUCUGGUGAAAUACGACUACAAUGCGGUUCUUUCCGUCUUCUAUAUCUCAUACAUCAUCUUUGAGAUCCCCUCCAACAUGGCCUGCAAAUGGAUCGGUCCUGGAUGGUUCAUCCCGAUAAUCUCACUACUGUUCGGUAUUUGCUCCAUCUGUACCGCUUUCGUCCACAAUUUCCACCAAAUCUGCGCUGUUCGCUUCCUUCUCGGUGUUUUCGAGGCCGGCAUGAUGCCCGGAAUUGCGUACUAUCUCUCCAGAUGGUACAGACGCAGCGAACUGGCUUUCCGCCUCUCUCUGUACAUAGUUAUGGCUCCGAUCGCUGGUGCAUUCGGAGGGUUACUUGCCUCAGGCAUCCUCAGGAUGGAUAGUUUCGGAAGCCUGCACUCAUGGCGCAUGAUCUUUGCCAUCGAAGGCAUAAUCACCUGCGGCCUCUCCUUGAUUUCCUUCUUCACCUUGACCGAUCGUCCAGCUAGCGCCAACUGGCUCACGCAGGAGGAAAAGGAUCUGGCUAUUGCUCGCGUUAAAUCUGAGCGUGUUGGAACCACCGAGGUUCUUGAUAAGAUGGACAAGCCUAAGAUGCUCCGUGGUAUCUUCUCGCCUGUCACUCUGGCCACAUCCUUCAUUUUCCUCCUCGAUAACAUUACCGUCCAGGGUCUUGCUUUCUUCGCUCCCACGAUUGUCAAGACUAUUUACCCAAAGAACAGCCUUGUCUCCCUGCAACUGCACACUGUACCACCUUACAUUGUCGGUGCAUUCUUCACGGUGCUCUUCCCCUUCCUCUCGUGGCGCUUCGAUAAGCGUAAUAUAUUCUUCAUCAUCUCCGCGCCAUUGAUGAUGAUCGGCUACAUCAUGUUCCUCGCCACGAAAGAUGGGCAAACCCGCUACGGUGCUACAUUCAUCAUCGCCUCUGGAGCAUACUCCUUCGGCGCGCUCUGCAACGCCCAAGUUGCUGCUAAUGUCGUCUCCGACACGGCGCGCUCGUCGGCCAUCGCUACGAACGUCAUGUUUGGAAAUAUUGGAGGGCUGAUCUCAACAUGGAGUUUCUUGCCGUUUGAUGGACCGAAUUACCAUAUUGGAAAUGGAUUGAAUCUUGCGACUUCGAGUACCAUUUUGCUUUGCUCGAUUGCUCUGCUGUUUUGGAUGUAUGCCGAUAAUAAGAGGAGGGCGAAGAAGGAUACCGAUAGUGCACUGGAGGGGUUGACGGUGAAGCAGAUCCAGGAUUUGGAUUGGAGACAUCCUGGAUUCAGGUGGAAGCCAUGAGGAGCUCACUUGUAUGUGUUAUGGAGAUGGUAACAGAGUACGGAUCGGAAGAUUUUAUAUCAGAUUGGAUUUGCUUCAUCAGAGAUAGUGCUGAUAAGGGGCGAAUGGGGUUGAUACCAGUCACAUGGCAUGGCUUUGAAAAUCCACGCACCUUGAGUUUUACAAAUAAUCGAAUAUCGCUCUGCACCUCACUCUCCCUUCUUCCAAACUUCAAAGCGUAAGCGACUGAUCCUUUAACAUAUCCAAGUCAGUAGCCAACUUACAAUCACCAAUCCUGAUAGCAAAGUUCAGUCAUCUCAGUUCACUGCGUAAACCCCCCCUUCUUUGUAAACUCUCUCUUGGUGAACAAUUUUCUUUGUCGGUUUUUCCUGAUUGUUGUUAUCGCUUAACCGAUCUUCCGGUGUCGGUGUCGGUGUCACGGUCAUUGUGCCCAGGCGAUCCAUGUUUGUUUGUGUGCUUCUCGCUUAAGGUAAGUAGUCUG